AUGUCCAAACAACUAUCUCCCGUCAUCAACUCAACCCUAACCUUGAUCGGCCAAUUCCAAAUAGCCCUCACCACUCCCCCAACAGCCGCAACCGAUGCCGCAAAAGAUGCCGAAGCUCUACCCCUCCUAACGGCCUCCGCGAGCGCGCUCAAAGGACAUGUCACGAAACUAUCCCUGCUGGCCAUUACCUCGCCCUUUACGCACUCCGCCGUCGGCACCGUGCUGCGCGAGCUCAAUGAAUCCAUACUGCCGUCGCUCGUGACCGCUUCCCUUCUCGUUACACCAGCGCAAUACACCAAAGCGUUUCAUUCCGAAGUUUUGAUUCUGGUUAAGACGGCUUUGACGGAGCUUUCGGCGCUGGUUCAGGAGGUCAAGGUUGUUGGAGAAAAGAAAGAUCAGGAGAAGAAGGAUACAGGGAAGGAGAGCGGCGUGACGAAAUCCGAAAAGGAUUCUGUGAUGCUCGCUACGGGCCGUGUCUGGGAUGCGUGUGAUGCUACGACCGACGUUGCGAAUAAGGGUGUUGUCGGGUUUGUCAUGCGCCGCGUUGAACAGUGGAGGGAUCUGGUUCGCGAUGCGGUUGAGGAAAUCGAGGAUUGGGAUCCGGAAGAAGGGGACGAUGGUUUCUUUGAUGAUAUUCUCGGUGAUGAGGGGAAGGGUGGAGAUGAUGGGGACGAGGAUGAUGACGAGAAUGAUGAAGAGGAGACGGCUGCUCUCGAGGAACACAAGAAAUCUACCCUUCGUUUCCUCAAGCCUAUUGCUCAGGCCUACCCAGCUAUCAUCAACAACCGGCUGAAGAAUGCCGGAAAUGCGCCGUUGGCUUCCCCAUCUGGUGUCAAAAAGCUGGAGUCCUUGAUGCUGAAUCUGCAAGCUAUCCCGGAUGAUCUCGAUGAGGCAGCUGGCGCGUUGUACGAGGCCAAUUUUGAAACCUCUGCUGAGUAUCUGCGGAAGACGAGGAAAUGUGCCACACAAGCGGUGGAGUUGGUCGCAUCACCUUGGGGUGCUGCGGAUGUUAAGGAAGAUGCACCGGCAGACAAGUUCGCUAUAUGGUCGAAGACGUGGCUCAAGGUGGUUGACGAGGUCAGCAAGUCAAUUGAAAAAAACUGA